AUGGAAGAUGAUGAUGCAUUUGGUAAUAUAGAGUGUGAAGAAUAUGAACCAAAAGGAAAGAAAUCAAUACCAAAAGUUGAUUACACUCCAAAGAUUGAUGAUCACCUUUGGUUCUUGGAUUGUAUAGAUAAAGAAGAAAUGGAGAGAAUAUUAAAAAAGGAUUUAAAAGAAUUAAAGGUCAAAGAAAAUGUAGAUAGAAAGAGAUUAAAAGUAAUGUUAAAGAGUAUCUAUUACAAGAUUGAUUAUCUCUAUCUCAAUCAAGACUAUGAAAAGUGUCUUGAAUGUUGUCAACAAAUAAGAAACUUUAACCGGGUGUUACAAGAUAAAACAUCAAAGUUAUUGGUACCUGAUCUAGAGAUUAGAUGUUCCUAUCGACUAGGACACUAUCAAUCUGCUAUCGACAAGAUUAUCAAAUUUGAAGAAUCAACUCUUUCAAAUAUUAAUAGAGCCGCUGCUCAAAAAUAUAUGGAUAUUCUUAUAUUAUAUCCACAAUCUUUACAUCAUCUUUUAAGAUUUAAUGAAUCAAUUGUACAAUAUCAAAAAUGUAUUGUUAUAUCUAAUUUUGUUUGGGAAUGGUGGUUUAAUAUGGCAUUGGCAUAUAUUGGAUUACCAAUUGAAGCAAUCAACAAAAAUAAUUAUAAAUCAUUGAUUGAUGGUGACACUAUGAAAAUCACAAACCAAUUACAAUCACUAUUGGAUCAAUCGUUUAGCAUGAAUAACAACAUAUCAGAUAAUCAUUUAUUUUGUGCACAUUAUAGUUUAAAGUCAACAUUAUAUUUCAUUCAACAAUCGAUCAAUGUAAAGAAGAGAUUAGACGCUAAAUUAAAUUAUGCCAAACCAUUACAAUCUAUUUUGGUUAUCAUUCAACAUUUACUAGAUCAAUGUAAUAUUGAUCAUAUCGAUAUUCAUUCAACAACUUUAACAACUUCAACGACAAUACCAUUCAAUGACUUUGAAAUUAAACAUUUUGUUGAAUUUAAAGAAAUGCUUCAACCAGAUGAUGAUGAUGAAGAGGAAAUAAAUCCAUAUGAUUUAUAA